AUGGAGAAUCAAGCUUUCGUAGAUGGUGAAUUGGACUCUCUUUUGCGGAUGUUUAACUUUGAUAAAUAUUCAUCUGACGAGUCAAGCUUUUACAUUGAUCAAGAUCAUCAUCAUCCUAAUGAGAUUGAUGCUUUCUUCCCAUUUGGAACAAUUCUUGAAGAGACCUAUACGGCCGCUCUCGACGCCAGUCACCAAACGAACCUCUAUGUUGACUCAAGAGAAGAGCUGGUGAAACCCAAGAAGAAGCAAAAGUUAAGCCCGGAAAGCAGUUUGGUCACCGAUCCUAAGACUUCUUGGAGAGAUGGUCAGAGCCUAAGCAAUUCCAAUAGUUCAGAUGAUGAGAAAGCUUUAUGUUUAGAGACUACUACAUCAAAAAGCCUUGAAGGCAAAGCAAAUCGUAACAGAGGGAAAGCUACCGAUCCUCAGAGUGUAUACGCUCGGAAACGAAGAGAAAGGAUAAACGAUAGGCUAAAAACAUUGCAAAGCCUAGUUCCAAACGGGACAAAGGUCGAUAUAAGCACGAUGCUUGAAGAAGCAGUCCAUUACGUUAAGUUCAUGCAGCUGCAAAUUAAGCUCUUGAGUUCAGAUGAUCUAUGGAUGUAUGCACCUCUUGCUCACAAUGGUCUUAACAUGGGAGGAUUGCAUCAUAAUCUUUUGUCUCGGCUUAUGUGA